AUACCAUGCAAAGUCCAAGUGUAGAUUUAGAGUCCUUACUUUUCUGCACUCAUUGACCAGCAUGAUUGAGCUUCCACGCAAGCAGAAAGCCCUCAUAGGGCUCGAAGACGGCAGUCUUGGCGUUUCCAACGAUGUUGACGUUCCUGAAAUCGAGGAGGACAUGGUCAUGGUAAAGACAAGAGCCAUGGGCUUGAACCCGAUUGACACCAAGAUGAAGGGAGUUAUGGCGGCUCCUGGAGCUGUUGCUGGCAUGGACUUUGCGGGUGAGGUGGUGGCCGUCGGCUCCAAGUUCAUGACGCCGGCCAAGAUAGGCAUUGGGGAUCGAGUCUGCGGCGCUGUGAUAGGAUAUCACAAGCCUACUCCGGCGAUUGGGGCCUUUGCAGAGUUCGUGGGGGCCAAAGACGUCGGGCUGUUAAAGAUACCAGACGAUUGGUCCUUCGAGCAGGGAGCCUCUCUGGGAUGUGCCAUUUCCACCAUCGGCCUUGCCUUGUUCAAGUCGCUGAAUGUCCCGGGAACGCCCAAGUCCCCAGCCGAAAAGCCCGUAGAUGUGUUUGUAUACGGUGGUAGCACAUCUACAGGCACCCUAGCUCUGCAGCUGUUGAAAUUGUCGGGUUUGAACCCAAUCACCGUCUGCUCGCCACACAAUGUACAACUGGUCAAGUCGUAUGGCGCAACGGCAGUUUUCGACUACAAACAGCCGUCGUGUAUACAGGAUAUCCGGAAGCACACGCGAAACUCGCUCAAGUAUGUUCUAGACUGCGUUUCGGAACCGGAGACAAUGGAGUUCUGCUACAAAUGUCUCGCGAGGACCGGUGGAAAAUACACUGCGUUGGAGCCGUUUCCAAAGUUCCUCCAUACGCGGCCACGUACCAUUGUGCCGGAUUGGGUCCUAGGCCCCAGUGUACUGGGCCAGGAGAUAGGAUGGCCAGAGCCAUUUACGCGAAAACAGAAUGAGGAUCUCCGAAACUUUGGCAUCGAGUGGUACAUAACGGUGCAGAAGCUCUUAGAUGAUGGCCAGUUGAGGCCACAUCCUGUCCGGGUUGUGGACGGCGGCUUCGGCGGCGUGCCCAAGGGUGUAGAGCUUCUUCGCAAGAAACAGGUAUCGGGACAGAAGCUCGUGUGCAUUCUGCCCUAGCAGCAUUGGUUCAGGGAGACAAGCUUCUGGUUUUGAUUUUAAUAGCUUGUACGUCUUGUAGCUCCAUCUGAAUAGCGUGAAUCAUAAUUAAAAGCC